GUGAACUUCAUUUCCUAUUUGAGUUUAGAGACCAGCCAAAUGUGUAAUGUGCAUUUGGCCAUAAAGCUUCCUAUCAGACAACUCUUGUCAAGCCAACAGAGAGCUAGUGUCAGUCAUGUCUGAUGGCACAGGAGUUUUGGAGGUGGAAGAUGAUGAUGAGUGCUGGGCACAGCUGGAAGACUACCGAAUGCUUCUCAUCAAGACCAUUGAGCCCUCAAGGAUAACGCCUUAUCUGAGACAGUGUAAGGUGCUGAGUAGCGAGGACGAGGAACAGAUCUACAAUGACCCCAGUCUGGUUAUCAGACGCCGAAAAGUUGGGGUGCUGCUGGACAUAUUACAAAGAACUGGCCUGAAAGGAUAUGAGGCAUUUCUAGAGAGUUUGGAGCUAGACUACCCAGAUGUGUACCGUAAAAUCACUGGCAAAGAGCCUGCUAGGGUCUUCUCCAUACUAAUUGACACUGCCGGGGAAUGUGGCCUCACUCAGUUCCUCAUGAGCGAGGUGUCUCGCCUACAGAAGCUCGCACAGGAUGAACGAAGGGCACGUCACGAACUGUCUGCGCAGGCAGCAGAGCAUCUAGACAGCAUCCGCCAGCUGCAGCUGCGUGAGAGCGAGCUUCACAAACAGCAAGAUCGUGUGCAACGCAUCCGAGAGGAGCGUGAGCGCAUAUGCGAGGAAGCUCGUAAACUGAGAGACGAGAAUUACCGACUGAUGCACGAUCUGACCCGACUGAGCGAGGAGAAGAACAGCGCUCUCAUGUGUAACAGAGACCUCCAACUCGAGAUUGAGAGAUUGAAACACAGCUUAAUGAAUGCAGAAAGUGACUCAAAGAUCCAACGAAAAAAGACAGUAACUUUGAAAAAUGCUAUGGAGCAGAGGCCGAGUCCAGAGAUCAUCUGGCAGAUGCAGAGAGAAAAUGAUCUUCUUACAGCACGUAUACAAGAACUUGAAAGUGCUUCCAAGGUCCGAACUCUGGAGCACGAAAAGUUUGAUUCACAGUCAUUAGAGGAUUUCAAGCAACAAAGUCAGGCACAACACCAGGAGCUGGUGAAUGAUCUCUACAAUCUAAAGAGAAAUCUACAUGACGCAGAAGAGUUGCGUGAUAAGUAUCGAGAAGAGAAGGAUGAGUUGGCACUGAAGUGCGCAAUACUAAGAAAAGACUCCAAAAUGUAUCGUGAUCGAAUGGAAGACAUUCUGAAGCAGCUGGAAGAGGUGAUCAAAGAAAGAGACAAGGCUAUUUGUACAAGAGAGGAGUACCAUUUGGAGAACUCAAAAAACCUCCAAGACAAGGACCAGUACCGCAAACAGAUCCGGGAGAUGGGAGAACGUUAUGAUGAACUUCAAGUCCAGUUGUUUCGAACUCAAGGAGAUGUUCUUGCUCUUCAAGCAAAACUUCGCAAACAGAAAAACCCAAUUCAAGUGAACUCAGAAGAAAGCUCUUUGCUUAGUUCAUUUGAGAUGAAAAGUCAGACUAGUGAGGAGGAGUCCAGAGAGAGGGGUGAAAAGGAUAUGAGUGAAGAGUCACAGAGCCUAACAUCUGGCGAGUACAAUUUACCUUCAUGUCUGUUUACCGAGAGGAAGUUCUCUGAAGAGGACGUAUCAAGCAACUGCAGACUUAAAGGAAAAUGCAACUUCCAUUAUAGGAGGAAACGUGCUUUAAGAACAAAAAAAUUCACAGACAAAGAGAAUGUGCAGUCCAUCCUGGACAACACUACCGAGAGUGAUACAGACGGGAUGUGACAUACAGCUUUGGACAAGAAGAAAUUUGGCCUUUUUUGAAAGCAUAUUAAAGGAGUCAUGAACUGGAUUUUUUUUUUUUUUUUUUUUUUUUUUUAAUUAUUGUAUAAUGUUUCUUGAGGUCCACUUAUAAUGUUAAUAUGAUUUUUACAUCAAAAAAUUGUUAAAUUUGGAAAUAAAUGGAUAUUUUCUACCCUGAUUUUAGCCCUCUGAUUUGAACGCUCUGUUUAAAGGGGCGUGUCUGCUGUGAGACUUCAGUGUAAACACCCACUGCUGUGAUUGGCUGACAUCUUUGCAAUUAAAAUAAGUAUUGCAUGUGGAA